AUGCCAUUCUCAAAAGGAAAAUAUUGCUGUGGAUUUGUGCCUAUCAAAACAGGUGUAUCACUCAUCACAAUAUUUGGCAUCCUGAAUAAACUCUCUGGCUUCUAUGGCAUCUUGUCGUUUGAUUUUAGUGAUUUUCUUGCCACCCUGAUUUACAUUUACUCGCUCAUUGCCAUUGCGGUGUUCUCAUACGGCCUUUAUGGCUUAUACACAGACAAUGUUCGCAUCCUUCGUUGGUACACCAUGCUGUUUUGGCUGGAUUGUUUUGUCAGUUUGAUCACCACUGUUUGGUUCGCAGUUACUUGGUUUUUGUACACGGAUCACAGCUUGCCUGAGCUGGCAGAUGAUCCAGAGAAAUUAGCAGAACAUGAUCGUGUGUUUAGAAUGGAGAGCCAGGUCAGCAUUGCUGUGCUCGUGGUGUUGAGAUUGGUGCAUUUUUAUUUUGCACUCAUUGUCACUCGCUACUACAAGGCCAUCAACAGAAUCAGCUACUCCAAGGUCUCUACAGAGAACAUUGACCUCGAAGAGACAGGCAGAAGCACGGAGCCAGCAGCACCCAAACCAGCACAAGAUUAA